AUCCUCUCAAUACUCUCGGCAUUAACUCCUCUCUCUCUGGCUGCAAGUUCUUCAAUUCUCCCACCUGUUCUCCCCUCUCUCUCUCGAUUCAUAAUCUCCUCUUUUCUCUCAUCCGUUUCUCUCUUCUCUCUCUCCUCCCAUUCUUCUUAAAUUCUAUUCACAAGAAAGGUAUAUCAUCAAUCUAACUCUCGUCUGAAAACCACUCUUUUACCCUCUCAAAAGUGGUUUUCCGUUGACCCUUUCUACACAACACCACAUCUUUUUAUGCUGGAUUUUUCAGAAGCAAGAUACAAGAAACCAAGCUUGCUGUUUGUAGAUUUGAACAAGAAACAUCACUUAAAACCCUUUAGAACGACCUGAAGAAAAGAUGUUUCAGCCAAACAUGUUUGAGAGUCAUCAUCAUAUUCUAGAUAUGAGCCAUAAAACCCCAGAACAUGAGCUUGAUAUGCUUAGAGAUGAAGACUACGAGAGUAAAUCUGGUACUGAUAUCAUGGAAGCCCACUCCGGCGAUGAUCAAGAUCCUAAUCAACGCCCCAACAAAAAGAAAAGAUACCAUCGUCACACCCAACAUCAAAUCCAAGAAAUGGAAUCGUUUUUCAAAGAAUGCCCACAUCCAGAUGAUAAGCAAAGAAAGGAACUUGGCAGAAGAUUGUCUCUGGAACCCUUGCAAGUCAAAUUUUGGUUCCAAAAUAAACGCACUCAAAUGAAGGCUCAACAUGAACGCCAUGAGAACACACAGCUGAGGAAUGAAAAUGAAAAGCUUCGAUCUGAGAACAUACGAUACAAAGAAGCCCUUGCCAAUGCUACUUGUCCAAACUGUGGUGGACCUGCUGCUAUCGGAGAGAUGUCUUUUGAUGAACAGCAUUUGAGGAUCGAAAAUGCACGACUACGUGAAGAGAUUGAUAGGAUAUCUGGAAUCGCUGCAAAGUAUGUUGGCAAGCCAAUGUUGAGUUACCCUAAUAUGUCGCCUCAUGGACCAACUCGCUCGCUCGACCUAGCUGUUGCUAGUUUUAGUCCACAACAAGGGAUGGUGGGAGACAUGUUCGGUGCAAAUGACAUUCUCCGGUCAGUUUCAGGCCCAACUGAGGCUGACAAGCCAAUUAUAAUCGAGCUAGCAGUUGCAGCUAUGGAAGAGCUAAUCAGAAUGGCCCAGUCUGGUGAACCCUUGUGGGUUCCAAACUCGGAUAACUCAUCCGAGACCUUGAGUGAUGAGGAGUACUUACAAACGUUUCCCCGGGGAAUUGGACCAAAACCAUUGGGAUUACAAUCUGAGGCUUCAAGGGAAUCUGCAGUUGUCAUCAUGAAUCAUAUCACUCUCGUUGAAAUUCUAAUGGAUGUGAAUCAAUGGUCAAAUGUGUUUUCUGGCAUUGUUUCAAGAGCAAUGACCUUGGAAGUGCUUUCAACUGGAGUUGCUGGCAAUUACAAUGGAGCUCUGCAAGUGAUGACAGCUGAGUAUCAGGUGCCUUCACCACUGGUUCCAACACGAGAAAACUACUUUGUUAGGUAUUGUAAACAACAUUCCGAUGGUACUUGGGCUGUGGUUGAUGUAUCUUUGGACAAUUUGCGGCCUUCUUCCAUAUCAAGAUGUAGAAGAAGGCCUUCUGGUUGUUUAAUUCAGGAACUGCCCAAUGGCUACUCAAAGGUUACUUGGGUUGAACAUGUUGAAGUUGAUGAUAGAGCCGUUCACAAUAUCUAUAGGUUACUAGUAAACUCCGGUCUAGCAUUUGGGGCGAAAAGAUGGGUAGCAACUUUAGAUAGGCAAUGCGAACGACUUGCAAGUGCAAUGGCUAACAACAUUCCUGCAGGAGAUGUUGGAGUUAUAACCACUCCAGAAGGGAGAAAGAGUAUGUUGAAACUGGCUGAGAGAAUGGUUUUGAGCUUUUGUAGCGGUGUUGGAGCUUCAACUGCGCACACAUGGACAACUUUAUCCGGUAGUGGGGCUGAUGAUGUUCGAGUUAUGACCCGUAAGAGUAUGAACGACCCAGGCAGGCCUCCUGGUAUCGUGUUGAGUGCUGCAACUUCAUUCUGGAUACCUGUUCAACCAAAACGGGUUUUUGAUUUUUUACGAGAUGAGAACUCGAGGAGCGAGUGGGACAUUCUUUCAAAUGGUGGACUAGUUCAAGAAAUGGCACAUAUUGCCAAUGGUCGUGAUCAAGGAAACUGUGUCUCCCUUCUGCGCGUUAAUAGUGCAAAUUCGAGCCAAAGCAACAUGCUCAUACUACAAGAGAGUUCAAGCGAUUCUACAGGAUCCUACGUUAUAUAUGCUCCAGUUGAUAUAGUAGCGAUGAAUGUGGUUCUAAGUGGGGGUGAUCCAGAUUAUGUCGCCUUGUUACCAUCCGGUUUUGCUAUACUUCCUGACGGACCAGGACAACAUCAAGGAGGAAUUGCUGAGGUAGGAACCGGUGGAUCGUUACUGACAGUGGCGUUUCAAAUUCUAGUAGAUUCCACUCCUACAGCCAAAUUAUCCCUGGGGUCGGUGGCAACGGUUAAUAGUCUUAUCAAGUGCACAGUCGAAAGGAUCAAAGCUGCAGUAGGUUCUCCAUGAACUAACUUAUGGAUAUUUUAUAUAUAAGAGAGAGAGAGAGAGAGAGUUUAUGGGACGAUGGAAUGAAGAUUUAAUUAGGCAGGCACUGUUUACUCUUUGAAACAAAAUGGAAGAAGUCAAGAACGCACCUUGAACGGACCCUUGGAGUGUGAUGACUCUGUGUCAAUUAUCUGAAGCAAGAAAGAAAUCAUGGUCAACAUCCUCCAAGGGUUUAUAGGUUCGGGUAUUGACUUGAUUGCCUAUAUCGAAUGAUUUUAGAGAGUAAACUAAGACCUUAAUUGGAACUUCCCAAUUCUUUCUUUUGCAUUAGGGUUUUCAUUAGAGGGUUUCUUUUUAGUGUAUUGUGUUUUGUAGUAUUUGGUUUCUAAUCUCAAGGACCUUAAUCCUAAUUAACAAACAAUCGAUUCUCU